AUGGUACUUUUCACUUUAGUUCUUUCUGUCCCGAUCGUUACUUUAUGGAACACACGAAUCUCACGCCGAGAUAAGAUGGUCCUGUUUAGCAUUUUCUCAGCCACUUUACUGGUCAUGAUUAUCUCUAUCCUCCGUGUAUCGGUGAACACUUCUCUGAACACUCCGGUCGAUCCGGGCUGGCUUAUAUUUUGGAGUUUCAUUGAGAUCAAUACAGCUAUCAUAAUUUCAUGCGCCGUUUCUCUUCGACAAAUAUUUGUCAAAUCGAAGCAGCAAAGCCCUCGACCGUCAGCCGGUUCGUCCAACUUGACACCAAGAAAAUCAUAUCCUAAGGUUCAUCAACGGUCUAUUGGAGAUCUUGAAUCACACGAUAAUGAGGAUAUUCUGUUGUCGUCAAUGAGUGAUGUGCAUGUCCGACAUGAGUUUGAAGUGGUCAGUACUUCUGCAGCGGAGAGUGCCGACGACCAGACGUUGAGUCCACAAAAGAAGAGCUUUGCCUAG